UUUCAGUGCAGGGCUGCUGGCUCUGCCCCGGCCAGGGCACACAGACUGCCUAUUGUUGAAAGCCCUUCUGCAGCGGUGCGAGCAGGUGCUGGAAAUGGCAAACUCGACGCAACAGUUGUCUGGGCUGAUGCUCUCCCUGCUGGGCUGGAUCGGCAGCAUCGUUACCUGCGCCCUGCCCACCUGGAGGCUCUCGGCCUUCCUCGGCGCCAACAUGGUGGCAGCCCAGGCCUUCACGGAAGGGCUGUUCCAGAUCUGCGUGAAUGACAACGGAGGGGGGCUGCAGUGCAGGUACUACGAGACCCUGCAGGAGAUCAGCCCCGCGCUGCAGGCCGGCCGCGGCCUGGUGAUCACCUCCAUCUUCACAGCCUUCUUCGCCCUGGUCGCCGUCCUCACCGGCUUCAGGUCCUCUCGCUUCGCGGAGGACGAGAACAUCAAGAACAGGAACACGGUCAUUGGAGGGGUCACCCUCACCAUGGCCAGCGUCAUGCUGCUCAUCCCCGUCGCCUCCAGCGCUAACAGCACCGUCUGCAACUUCUACAACCCCAUGGUGCCCGACUACCUCAAGAGAGAGCUGGGCUCUGCCAUUUACAUUGGCCUCUUCUCCUUCGCCCUGGAGCUCAUCGGUGGGUCUGUCCUGUGUGCCGCGGGGCUCUCAACCGGCAGGGACAGUGACAGAGAGAGGAAAAGCUGCAGCUACCCCAUGAAAGACUACGUGUGAGUGAGGGAGCCACCGCGCCUGGACGCCAGCCCCGAGGGCUCUCCACCACCCCGCGGCCCUCCACCGCCCGAGGCCUCGCCACCACCCCCCAUCCAGCCUCCGCGUGCCUCCCUCCCUCCCCACGUGCCACCUCCUCCUGCCCAUCCCCACGCUGGCUGUACCCUUGGCAUGGUUCCCCGCUGUGUCCCUUUCCCUGGCACGCAGGGGCUGCGCUCAUGGUGGGC